AUGAGCUCCUACCUGGACUACGUGUCCUGCGGCCGCGCCGGGGGCGGGGGCGACCUGCUCAGCCUGGCGCCCACGUUCCGCCGCGCCGACGCCCGGCCGGUGGCCCUGCAGCCCGCCUUCCCCCUGGGCAGCGGCGACGGCGCUUUCGUGGGCUGCCUGCCCCUGGCCGCCGCCCGCCGCCCCGCGCCUUCGCCGCCGGCCACCCCCGCGCCGCCGCCCGCCGCCCCGCCGUUCGCGCCGUGCCGCCUGGAGGGGGCCUACGAGCCGGGCGCCGCACCUGCCGCCGCGGGGGCCGCCGACCUCGCCUUCCUGGGGCCCGGGCCCGCCUUCGACUUCCCGGGCGCGCUCGGGCGGCCGGCCGACGACGGCGGGGCGCGCGUCCACUACGCCACCUCGGCCGUGUUCUCGGGCGGCGGCUCCGUGCUGCUCAGCGGCCAGGUGGACUACGCGGCCUUCGGCGAGCCCGGCCCCUUCCCGGCGGGUCUCCGGGAGCCCGCCGACGGCCUCGCCGGGGCCUUCCAGACCGCGUCCCCGGCCCCCGGCGCCUACCCCACGUCCGCCUCCCCGGCGUCCGGCCUGCCCGCCGCGCUCAGCACCUUCGAGUGGAUGAAAGUGAAGAGGAACGCCCCCAAGAAAAGCAAGCUCACCGAGUGUGGAGCCGCUAGCCCCUCCAGCGCGAUCCGCACGAAUUUCAGCACCAAGCAGCUGACAGAACUGGAGAAGGAGUUUCAUUUCAAUAAGUACUUGACCCGAGCCAGGCGCAUCGAGAUAGCCAACUCCUUGCAGCUGAACGACACCCAAGUCAAAAUCUGGUUCCAGAACCGCAGGAUGAAGCAGAAGAAAAGAGAAAGAGAAGGGCUUUUGCCCUCUGCGGCCACCUCUGUGGCUUCCCUCCAGCUUACCCUCUCGCGCAAGAACCUGGGGAGCCCUUCUCAGGCCCAAGAGCCCUCAUGA